UUAGUAUAUAACUAAUGAGACUCUCGUUAAUCUCGUUCUCACAGAAUCAAUAUAAGUAAAUAUUCACCGUGGGAAUUAUAAAGCAAUCUGCAACAACUGGAUUUAUAAAUAAUUCUAUAAUUACAUUCAUUCAAAUUAUGAUUGUUUAUAUGUUCUAGUGAUCUAAUUCGGACAAUCGUAGUUAUUUACGAGCCUAACUGUUAAUGCCAUAUGCCGACAUGUUCUAGUGAUCUCAUUCGGACAAUUAUCGUUAUUUACGAGCCUAACUGUUAAUGCCACAUGUAGACCGGUUGUAAAUCGGGGGAUUUUCAAUAUACCCCAUUUAACAAAUGACAGUCGAAAUAUGAAUCCUAGCUGAUACUGAAUGUUUACAUAGAUCUAUAAAAAGAAUUGCAUUUAUUUACAACAACUCAGGGAAGAAAGAUGCUUACGGAUAAAGUUGUUCUUAUAACUGGAGGUGCUCAGGGCCUAGGAUUAGCAUUUUCUGAGAUUCUUUUGGAACAGGAUGCGAAGGUUUCAUUCUGUGAUAUCAACGAUGACGCAGGGAAGGAAACUCUACAAAAUCUACAAAAUAAAUAUGGCGAAAGUAAAGUGAUGUUUCAGAAAUGUAAUGUCACCAGUCAGGAUGAAAUGGCAGCCUUCUUCAAAAGUACAAAAGAAAAAUUUGGUCGUUUGGAUGUUGUGAUAAAUAAUGCUGGUAUUGGCGGAGAAACAACUUCUUGGGAAAGAACAGUUGAUGUCAAUUUGAAAGGAAUGAUCAGCGGGACAUUUCUUGGUCUGGAAUAUCUGAAAACCGACAAAGGUGGGAAUGGCGGUGUGAUCGUUAACGUAUCGUCUGCAGCAGGUUUAAGAGCAAAUCCCUUAAGUCCUGUUUAUUGUGCCAGUAAAUCUGGGGUCGUAGCGUUUAGUCAGAGUUUAGCUUGUAAUGAAGAUGUGAUCAAUGGUGGUGUGCGGAUAAAUACCAUCUGUCCAGCAUUUGCUGACACGGCUUUGGUCAGAGACCUGUACAAGGACAACACCGUCAAUGGCAACAGAGUCACAGAAUUUGUCAAUAAGAUUGGUAUUAUGACGACACAUGAAGUAGCAGAAGGACUUCUAGAAUUAGUUACAGAUGAACGAAAAAAUGGCGCUAUAUUAAAAAUGUCAAAACUUUAUGGAAAGGAAUAUGUUACAAUGGAAUACAAAACAGUUGUAAAUAGCAUAUUGUAAUUGAUAAUACUUUGAUAUUCAUAUAUCAUAUAUACGUUUUAUAUAUAAAUACACAUUUAUGUAAUUCAUAAAUGCACAAACUUUAGACGUUGGGUCCUUUACAUAGUUUUAUUGUUAAAGGACAAAAACUGGAUUUUUGUAAAUAAAUGGCAUAUUGUAAAUUAGAAAAAAAUAAUAACACUUUU